AGCACGUGACUCUUCGGAUAUUUGAAUAUAUUGUUUUAUUCUUUUGAUAUUUUCGUAAGUUGGUUUUCAAAAAUAGAAAAUUGAUAAUCGAAUAUUUUAGAGGAGGGUCGUGAGAAGUUUCAAAAGUGAAGGUUUUUCAGCUCGUAAAUCUAUACCAAUUUACAAAACAAAUAAAUUGGCAUUGUGUGGCAAAAUUCAAGGAAACUUAGAAGGUAGCGAAAAAAAAUGGCCAUGGAAAAAUACGUCGUGUGGACCGUACUGCUUUUGGUGGCGAGCACAGCAGCGUCCACGAAGACGAGCCAUAAUUCUAGCCUCGAAGACGACUUGUCCGUGGACGAGACUCGCUUCGAUUAUCCAAAGUAUCCAAAGAAGUACGUGCUGACGAGGCCGACGAAGCAUCCACUGCUGACGCUCAUCUAUCCACAUCAGACCCACACGCCAGCUCCGUAUCUGCUGUAUACGCCCAAGAGCAGCAUCCACCAGUAUACGCCGAACGGCCUGCCGAUAGUCGUGCCACCGAGAGCCCAACCACCGCCGUCACCUUCGCCGUUGCCGUUGCCGCUGCCUCUGCACGCCCAUCCUCAUCAUCAUCAUCAUCAUCAUCAGCAUCGUCGGCCACCGCCGGUCUAUCCGAUCCCGACGGCCGCGGCGCCGAGUAGCUGCAACAUCAACGAACCCCUGGCCUGCCCGAGCUCGCGAUACCGCAGCUACGACGGUAGCUGCAACAAUCUGCGCGAGCCCAGCUGGGGCGCCGCCAAUACGCGAUACUCGCGUCUCGCACCAGCCAACUACGCUGAUAACGUGCACGCACCGCCGGUAUCUCAGAAUGGAAAUCCCUUGCCACUUGCCCGGGAGGUCAGCUUCACGCUCUUCCCGGACGUCGACAUACAGGACCGCAUCUGGACACUCGUCUCAAUGCAGUGGGGUCAGAUCAUGACCCACGACAUGGCCAUGAUCGCCGGAUCGACUCAAUCGAAGCCUCACGCGACCGAGUGCUGCUCGGCCGAGGGCCAGCUGAUCCAGUCGGCGCUGAGCAGUCCGCUAUGCUUCCCGAUCAUCAUACCGCCCAACGACCCGGUCUACUCGUACGAGCGCCAGCGAUGCCGUAAUUUCGUUCGCAGCACGACCGACUUGGAUCGCGGCUGCUCCUCGGGUCUGCAGCCAGCCGAGCAGUUGACCACGGUGUCGCACUUUUUGGAUCUGUCUGUGGUCUACGGCUCGGACGACGAGACGGCGGCUAGACUGCGCGCCGGUGUCGGCGGUCGUCUGGUCGUGGACGUGCGCGGAAAUCGCGAAUGGCUGCCACCGGCGGACAAUCGAAGCGCUGCUUGCGACGUCUCGGGACAGGAAGUCUGCUACUCAGCUGGCGACACUCGAGUCAAUCAAAAUCCCCAGCUGACGAUUCUGCAUCUGAUACUGCAUCGCGAGCACAAUCGCAUCGCUGGCCAGCUGGCCCGGCUCAAUCCGCACUGGAGCGACGAGACGAUAUUCCAGGAGGCGCGCAGGAUCGCCAUCGCCGAGCACCAGCAGAUCUCCUACUACGAGUGGCUGCCAAUUUUCAUCGGUGAGGAUAAUGCCGUGGAGCGCCGAGUGAUCUACAAGCCCGUAGGCGGCUGGGUGAGCGAUUACGAUCCCAACGUCAAUCCAAGCACGAUAAACGAGCACUCGACGGCCGCCUUCCGUUACUUCCACUCGCUCAUCGCCGGCAGAUUGCUGCUGGUGAACGAGCAGAGAUUCGCCUUCGCUUACAACGCCCUGCGACUGAGCGAUCAUUUUAAUCGGCCGGGCGUCAUCGAGGAGAACGGAAACCUCGACCAGCUGACCCGUGGCAUGGCCUUCCAGCCCCAGGAGGAGAGCGACCAAUACUUCGAUCGAGAGAUCACGAACUACCUAUUCAGAAAUAACCGCAGACUCGGCGACGAUUUGCGCGCCAUCGACAUCCAGAGAAAUCGAGACCACGGCCUGGCCAGCUACAACGAUCUGCGCGCCCUGGCUGGACUGCCGAGGGCUCGCGAGUGGAACGACUUCGCCGAUGUCAUAUCGCCCGAGAACAUACAAAAGCUGGCGCAGCUGUACGAGAGCCCGGACGACGUGGAUCUGACAGUGGGCGGCUCGCUGGAGCGACACGUCCAGGGCACGCUGGCCGGGCCGACUUUCCUCAAUAUACUCUCGGAGCAGUUCUACAGGACGAGGGCCGGCGAUCGCUACUGGUUCGAGACCGGAGAUCCGGAGCUCGCCUUCACCAUCGAGCAACUGCAGGAGCUGCGCAAGGCCAGCAUAGCCAGGCUACUCUGCGACAACGGCGACAACAUCCAACUCAUGCAGAUGAGAGCCUUCGAGCAAGUUUCUCAAUCAAAUCCACUCGUCAGUUGUAACCAAAUUCCUGCGAUAGACCUGUCGCUCUGGAAGGACAUACGCACGCCCACCGUGCAGCUGCCGACUUGGGUGAGACCGACCCUGUCCAAGUGGAUCAGCAAGAAGUAGACGAAAAAUUGCCCAAACGCCAUGUCAACGUCGACGUCUCGAGAACGAGCGAAGAAAAUUUUUUUGUAUAGAUAAAAAACGAGACUCAUCGAGGUGCACAGUGCCUUAUUCAACGAGCUACAUACGUAUAUGGGCCACAUUCUGUCAUAAAUUAAUCAUCGUAAAUUAAUUAUCUCAUGCUGCGUCGUCGCCAAGCACGUCGCGCGUGUAAUUAUUGUACAUUACCUACUUUUUAAGCUGAUUUGAAAUUUUUAGUAUUAAUAUUAUAUGAAUCGGUAAGAGAGAAUGUCUAUACAUGCAUAUUUCAUAUACAUACCACAGUCUGUUUACAGAUAACGUUCUAAAAACCGACCACAUAAUAAGCUAUAUUGUAGAUAUAUUACAAUUAACAGUUACCCUCGUAAUCCGAUUCAUUGAUCAAUGUCAUUUUAUACUGUGGAUGAAAUUGGAGAA